AUGUCCAAAUAUCAACGCGAAGAAAGAAGUGUCGUCGUUCUUGGCGCAGGAGUGACCGGUCUGACAACCGCGCUCGCUAUACAAGAGAAAGGUGGUUAUGAGGUCUCCGUGAUCGCGGAGACACUCCCGAGUGACCCGAAACGACCGGAAUACACGAGUCCUUGGGCGGGAGCGCAUCAAGCAUUACACACUGGCCAGGAUGAGAGAGAUCGGCGGCUUGAACAAGAUACAUUCAGUAUCAUGUGGGAGCUCGCGGGACAAGGUAGUCCUGCAGAACAUUGCCUACGUCGCAUCACCGAGCGCGAAUACUUCAGGGACGAGUUGGACUUUCAGACCCACUGGAUGCCUGACUUUCGGCAGAUCCCUUCGGACUCGCUCGUGUCAAACGCCCAACGGGGCUACGCUUACAGCACCUACACCGUCGAUCCUCCUCUAUACCUCAACUACCUACUUUCUCGCUUCCUGGCGCGGGGUGGGACCGUCGUGCGCGGGAAGGUACAGCACGUCAGUCAAGUGCUCGAAGGCGGCAUCGACGUCUUCAACCGCGGGCGUGCGUCUACGACGCCGGUCGACGCUCUGAUAGUAUGUGCGGGCCUCGGUGCGAGGACUCUCGGGGGCGUCGAAGAUGAGGCGGUCUAUCCGAACAGGGGACAAGUCAUCUUGUUGAAGGCUCCAUGGAUCACUGAGGCGUGUCGGAUCAGUGAUUCGACUGGGGGCGAUCAGACAUACGUUAUCCCACGGCAAAACGGGGUGGUAUCCAUGGGAAGUACAAAAUCCCCAAAUGACUGGUUUCCCAUCGCUCGUCCAGAAACCACGGACGAUAUUCUACAACGUUGCCUCGCGCUGUGCCCGGAGCUUGUACCACUACAGAUCCGCGCAGAGCGCUCCGGCACCAUCGAGGACUUGCGCCCGCUAAUCGUCGAAGCUGGCUGUGGUUUCCGCCCUGCGAGACAGGGCGGCAUCCGGCUCAAGUCAGAGUGGGUUCAGUCCCGUGGUACCGACGACAAGAAGCUUGUUGUAUACAAUUAUGGACAUGCUGGAAAGGGCUACGUGACGUCCUGGGCCUGUGCUGCAGCCGUAAUCGAUAUGCUCGAAGCCGCUCUCAUGAAGGACUGA